AUGGCGAUUCGGCUAAAACUAGCAGUUCGGUUCAUGAGGGGUUCAGUUCAUGGCUGCACCGGUUCAGGGCUAAACCGGUUUUCGGAUCGGAGGCCGGUUCGGUUCAUGAACAGGGUUUUUUGCUCACCCAUUAUGGCAGCAAGGCAUGAGGGAUCGCAACAUAGAACACACACGGAAAGUUUUCAGAAGACGAGGAGACUUCACACCAUUUCAGAAAAUGAGGAGACGGAAUCAGACUCUCCGUCACUCCCCAUCAUUGAAAUCCUGAAUAUAUUGGUGGAUGCUCCUGUAUAUGCAGUAGGGACUGAUGUAAAACCAGCAGAAAUAGCUAGACAAGAUGAAUUGAAAGAUAUGAAGAGAACAUUGAAUCCCAUAGAAGUUUUGCUUCUUGUGGAUGUGAUGACAGGGCAAGAAGCUGCAGUGACAACUUUCAACCUUGAAAUUGGAAUUACUAAUGCUAUUCUAACUAAGCUAGAUGGGGAUUCAAGAGGUGGAGCAGCUCUGAGUGUUAAAGAGGUGUCAGGAAAGCCAAUUAAGCUUGUGGGACGUGGAGAGAGGAUGGAGGAUCUUGAACCCUUUUAUCCAGAUCGAAUGGCAGGAAGGAUCUUGGGCAUGGGAGAUGUUCUCUCAUUUGUGGAGAAAGCACAAGAAGUUAUGAAACAAGAAGUUGCUGAAGAUUUGCAGAAGAAGAUCAUGAGUGCAAAAUUUGACUUCAAUGACUUCUUGAAGCAAACUCGAGUUGUUGCAAGGAUGGGUUCCAUGUCUCGUGUUCUUGGAAUGAUUCCUGGAAUGGGAAAGGAAAUGAAUAUAGGUAAUAAAGUAUACCUCAAAAACGUUGAAGAGAUUGAUUAUGAUUCACAUAUCAAAGUGCGGGUGGUAAAGAUGUAG